CAGUGUUGGUUAGCGCGCAAAUGACAGACAGAUGCCGCAUGAUAGACAGCACGAAAAAAAACAAGCAUUUGCAUUUUGGCAGCAAAUAAAAGUAAAAGAGUUUUUGCAUUAAAUUGCGCACAGUAAACAAACUAAUUAAGUAGUUGCCAGGAUUAAGUGACCAGCGAGUGGAGUUCGAAGCCAAAUCAUACGUCAUGCAGUCGCCGCGUUGCUAGUACGCCCAUAAUAACGCUGAGACAAAAGCAAAAGAUUUCGCGCCGAAAAGGAGGACGGCAAAAACACGCAUAUCGCGAGGAAAACCCAACGGAAACCGAUUCUAAAUGGACUCUGGUGCGGGGAAAAUGUGCCCGAACUAAAAGCGAGUGUGUGCGGCUGUAAUUGUGAUCCGUGGAGACCGUACCGCUUCAGUACCGCCCCCGCACCGCCAGCCCCCUUUUGCCAACAACACACACACACACAAACACAAACACAAUGGCACCAGCGAAAAAACGCGAGAAAGACAAUAAUGCCGAUGGUGCGGUCGCAAAUGGCCUAAAUGGCCUGUCCCACGGAGCUCCGGAUGCGGGAAAUGGAAAUGGCAGCGGAAAUGGCAGUGGCAACGCAGCAGGCUCUACUGUACCGCCAACCGCCGAGGGUCAGACGCAGAUCAAACUCAAUGGCCACCAGCAGGAGCAGGAACUCUUUUUGCAGGCCUUCGAGAAGCCCACGCAGAUCUAUCGCUACCUGCGCAAUCGACACGAGACAAAUCCCAUCUUCCUGAACCGCACGCUCAGCUACAUGAAGGAGCGCAUGUCGCGGAACAACAAAAAGCGGGCCAGCUUCCAGGUGAACUCCAUGCUGGACAGCAUUACCCAAAAAUCGGAGGCGGUGAGCCAAAACUACCUGCACGUCAUCUACGAUUCGCUGCACGAAAAACUCCAAGCGAACGAUUCUGGCGAGGAUCUGCUGCAGGAGCAGCUGCUCUGCGAGGCGGGCGAAUCGGUGAGCGUGGAGACGACGCUCUACAAGAUUACGCGCAGCAAGCGAAAGGACAGCACCCUGGACUUCCAGGAGCUGCUCAGCAAGAGCUCGCAGAUAGUGUACAAUCCAAAGGAUCGCGUGGGCGAGCAUGCCACCAUCAGCAUUCCCCUGCAGACGAUGCGACCGAUGGGAGAGCAGCACACGCUGUACAAGCUGCUCUUUCGCAUCAAAGUGCUGGCGGCACCGAGUACGUGCAACGAUGAGAAUGCAGAAACUCCUCCCAGCAAACGAUCGCGUCGCAACGAGAAAAUGUUCGGCUCCGAGCUGAUAUUGUACGAAAAAUCCAGCGGCUUUAUCACCGAAGGCGAAUACGAGGCCAUGCUACAGCCGCUGAAUUCCUCGAGCAUCAAGUCCUUCUCACCAAAGAAAUGCACCUGGGAAACGAUGCCCGAUAGCUACAUUCCACUCUCGCUGACCUACGAUGUUUACCAGCAGAGUCCCAUGCUCAAGUUUCAUUUGACGCUGUCCAAUGAGCAACUGCCAGAGGUUAUUUCGGCUCCGGAGCUGCAGCGUUAUGUCCAGCAUCUGGAUGCGGUGGCCGAGAUGAAUCACAAUAACAACAACUACAGCAACAACAAUAACUGCAGUGGCCUGAAGAAUGGCACCCUGUGCAAAUCCACGCCCGAGCACAUUCAGAUCGUCUACAACUUUAUGUACAGCAACAAUACGCGCCAGCAGACGGAAUACACGCAGGAGCUGAACUGUCCGUGGUGCGGACUGGACUGCCUGCGUCUCUAUGCGCUGCUGAAGCACCUAAAGCUCUGCCACGCCCGCUUCAACUUCACCUACCAGCCGGCUGGCAGUGGAGCGCGCAUCGAUGUCACCAUUAAUGAUGCCUACGAUGGUUCGUACGCCGGGUCGCCUUAUGAUUUGGCUGGACCGUCGGGCUCCUCGUUCGCCCGCACCUGCGGCCCCGUGCGACGCACUUCGGUCACCAGCCUGAUGGUCUGCCGGCCCAGGCGCCAGAAGACCUGCCUGGACGAGUUCCUGGAGCUGGACGAGGACGAGAUCAGCAAUCAGCGUUCGUACAUCACGGGUCACAACCGACUCUAUCACCACACGGAAACCUGCCUGCCAGUGCAUCCCAAAGAGCUGGACAUCGAUUCCGAGGGCGAGAGCGAUCCGCUGUGGCUGCGCCAGAAGACAAUCCAGAUGAUCGACGAGUUCUCCGACGUCAACGAGGGCGAAAAGGAGCUGAUGAAGCUGUGGAAUCUGCACGUGAUGCGUCACGGCUUCGUGGGCGACUGCCAGCUGCCGAUUGCCUGCGAGAUGUUCCUCGACGCCAAGGGCACCGAGAUUGUGCGCAAGAAUCUCUACCGCAACUUCAUCCUGCACAUGUGCUCGCUCUUCGACUACGGUCUGAUUGCAGCGGAGACGGUCUACAAGACGGUGCAGAAGCUGCAGGGUCUGCUGAGCAAAUAUGCCGCCGGCCAGGAGCUGAUGCAGCGCCAGCGCGAGGAGCAGUUGAAGUUCUGGCUGGACGUGGGCAUGCACAAGAAGCAGGAGGAUCCGAAGACUCUAAAGUCACCGCAGAAACCAGCUCCACCCGCAGACCAGCAUCCAUCUACCUCCUCGGCCUCCGCAUCCUCGGACCGCAGUGGUGCGGUGAUGCAGCCACCCAAGCGAAUGCCGGCUCAUCUCAAACGAGGCGGUGCAUCGGCUGCCUCGGGAAAUGGGGGAAAGACAACGGAGAAUGGCAGCAACGGCGGCAGCAGCAGUAACAGCAAGAAUGUAGCCAAGAAGAGCGCCGACCAGCCGCUAAGCACCCUGGCCAACACAAGGGAGCGACGCUCCGAUCCUGGCCAGAAACGCAAAUCCAGCGGAACGCAGCCAGCGGCAACAGCCGCGUCGAAGCGCAAGCUGGGCACCAAAGAUAAUGUAGUGCUAACCAAGCGGCAGCGCAACAGCAACGAUGGAAGUGCCGGGAGCGCAGGAACCGGAAAUGGAAAUGCAGCCAGCCGCAACAAAAGCAAUAACCAUACACUGCCAGCAACCAGUAGCAACAGCAACAGCAGCAAGCGACCAAUCGCCCGACGACGCUCCACAUCGGAGAGAAGCAAGCCAGCGGGAGGAGGAGGAGGAGCAGCUGGCGUCCGCACCAGGCUAUCGGUGCCGUCGAAAUACGAGAGGCGCUGACGCAGGCGCCGCCGCUGCUGCUGCUGUUGCUCCUCCGCCAGCUCCACCACCACCACCACCUCCUCCUCAUUCAUCGCCGCUUAGUUUUUGUUUAUUACUUGUAAACGCGACGCCAGGCCAGGCGAUUUUUUACAAACCCCCUAUCUUUAUUGCUAUUUUCUAUUAUGUUGUGUUAUAUUUUAGUCGAUCUAUGAUGUUGGACAUUUGUAAAAAAUUUGUGUCGGAUUUCAGAACUCAAAUUGACCUCAAAAUAAUCGUUCUUUUGUUUUUUUAUUACUACCGACUCUCUCUAAGCCACUUUAGUUGUACACCAAAAUCGUAACCUGAAAUCAAAUAUAUUUAACUCUAAUUUGCCAGUUACUUAAUAA